AUAAAAGGAUAACAUAUUUGUUCAAGAGAUUCAAAGUUUAUAGUGAUUGGCAAAAGUAACUUUUGCUCAAGUCAGUAACCAAUUCAACUUCUGACACGGCCGAGUGCAGACGAUGCCACCCAAUUAGCUACACCCUUUGAGACACAAAAACUAGUUGUGAAGGGUUUAAAAGUUGUUAUUAGACUUACAAAAUAAUCUGAAAUAAAAAUGCAUUUAAAAUUGUGUUUUGUGACCUUCGUUCUCACAGUUAUUUUUGUCAUUGUGAAUUCUUCAAAGCCGACGCCGCCCGCAGUCCGAUUUUACUUGUUUCCUGAUUCCAAAAAUACCGAGUUUUGUCAAGAACUUAUACCAGGAGACUCUAAAUCAUUGUUCAGCUCAAAAUACGACAAAUGGAAGUUCCCAAUAAUUUUGGUGCACGGGUUUGGGCAGAACCUAUCCACGACUUUCCCACAGCUCACAAAAGACGCCAUGCUGAAGAGUUCGGUGCAGGGGAAUAUCAUCGUGGCGGACUGGGGCCGUUUGGACGAGGAGAGCAAUCAACGCUCAGGGGACGCAAAUGGCGGUGUUCCUCUGAAUGCAGAUAGCAUAGGACGGAAGGUGGCUGGAAUGGUGGUGUUUCUAAUAAAUCACGGUUUAUUAUCGGACCCUACAAGAGUUCACAUUAUUGGCUUCAGUCUGGGUGCACAAAUUGCGGGUAUUGCGGGUCAACAUAUCAAGCAUUAUACUGGAAAACCCAUUCAACGUGUUACGGGAUUAGACCCAGCCGGGCCAUUAUUUCAGUUCCGUCGGAUAAAAGGGAAACGUCUAGACCACACCGACGCUUACUUUGUCGAUGUUAUACAUACAAAUCAAGCGCGAUAUGGCUACAUAGGAAAUAGUGGACACGUCGAUUUCUUCCCUAAUGGCGGAGGUCCGGAUCAACCAGGUUGCACAUCCCGAAGUGAUAUCGCUGGGUAUCCAGGAUCUUGUCCUCAUCAACGCGCAUGGGAGUAUUUUACAGAGACGAUCCUAGAAAGCAAAAUUUGGGCAUGUAAAGCCAACUCGUACAAAGAAUACAGUUUGCACAGGUCUUCUUGCAAAGACAAAGUUUUAUUCGGUCUCAGAGUGCCACCAAGUACAAGGGGAAGUUACUUUUUUGACAUCCGGCGAAAUGAUCCAGGUUAUGGCUCAGGAAUUGGAUGGAGUUCAUUAUUAGGCUCGGCUGAAAAGCCUUGGGAUCGUCCGCUUCAUUCCCUUUAUGACUAAAAUACUGUACUCGGUUUUUGAUACAAAUGCUUCGUGAAUGUUUAAGUUUGAGUAAUUUAAAUAAUGAAUGAUUGUAUAGUAAAUUAAUGGACAUAAUUUACAUUAAAACUUUAGAAUCUCAUACAAAUCGCAUAUCCAGUUGAUUAUAUGUGCACAUAAUAUUAACCUUUUAAAGUCGGGUUACAAUCCACUUGCCAAAUAAAUGGAACACGACUUUGCUUCCAUAUUAAAACUGUG